AUGUGCCGGUUUCUUGUGUACAAAGGCUCUCAGCCGAUCAUUCUUUCCAAGUUGAUUACCGAACCAUCACACAGCAUUCUCACUCAAUCUUAUGACAGCCGCCUUCGCCUUGAUAGCCGCCGCCCAGUCAACGGAGACGGGUUUGGGGUUGGCUGGUACACGGAGCCAGAACUUGGGCCAGACCCAUGUAUCUUUACAUCAACCCUGCCAGCUUGGAACUGUGUGAACCUCGAACGCCUCGCGCCCAAGACAGCCUCAAGGCUAAUCUUUGCCCAUGUCAGAGCCACCACCGAAGGAUCCUUGGCCGAGAACAAUUGCCACCCUUUUCAGCACAACACCCUGAUGUGGAUGCACAACGGCAACAUUGGGGCCUGGAAGUACGUGAAACGGCCUCUCGCCGACAGUCUCUCGGACAAAUGGUUCCUUGGCGUGAAAGGCGGCACUGAUUCGGAAUGGGCAUUUGCGUUGUUUCUAGAUACUUUGGAGCGUGAAGGAGUGGAUCCCAGCUCCGAGCCUGAAGGUGGCUUCGAUACGAAGACUCUGCGGCGAGCAAUGAAGAAGACGAUCGCCCAAAUCAAUGCGUUUGUAAAGGCUGUCCCUCCAGAAUACAAGGUCCCGGACGUUGAAACCAGAAGUCUCCUCAAUUUUGCUGUUACAGACGGCCACACUGUCAUCGUUACACGAUAUGUCAGCUCUAAAACCGACGCGGCCGCCAGUUUGUACUACUCAUCAGGCACUGCGUGGGUCGAAGGAAAGAUGAAAGGGCAAUUCAAGAUGGAGAGAAGAGACAAAGCCUCCGACGUGGUCCUAGUCGCUAGUGAACCACUCACAUUCGAGCGUCACAACUGGCUAUCCGUCCCAACGAAUACCAUCGUCACAAUAUGCAAACAGACGGUGUACGUCCGGCCGAUCAAGGAUGAAUAUUAUGAUCCAGAUCCCUCAACAGAACGCUCGACGGGUUUCGCUAGGUCCAAAGGGCUUGUGUCAAAAGCUCCGGGUGGGGGAGCUGCAACACCCACUCCGCUCGCUGGUACCCCAGUGCCACGCGCCGACGUCGAGAAUGCUACUGGGGAAUACAUUGUAAAGGAAGAUCUAGACGCAUUCCGUGAGAAGAUUGCGAAUUUGCAGCUGCAGAAGUGCCGGGAGACCAAUAGGUUGACAGACCAGGUGCGGGUUUAG